AUUUAUAUUUUUAAUUGAAGUUUUCACUAUUAACUUAUUACAAAUAAAAUUAAAAAUUCAAUAUUACAUGGAACAUCACAAUUGUUAACGCGGUGAAAAUUUCUUUUUGUCACAGUUAUUAUGUUUGUUUUAACUCUAAAAAAAUAAAGAACUGGACUACAAUUUUUGUUCUGAGUGGCGGUCCAACCUAAAAAAAAAGAGAGGUUAAAACUCCUAUCCCAGAUGCGGCCCAAGCCCAGUAAAGAAUUUGAAAGGAAAUCCGCACCGGAGCAACGCAGCGUUUAGGCGUCAAUGGCCGCACUUCCCUCAUUGUGUCGUUGUUUCACCACAAUCCUUGGCAGCUACCGCCCCUCCCGUAGAAGCUUUAACAUUAGGGUUCAUCCCUCUUCUCCAAUUCGCCUCACCACUCGGAAGCUUUCGAGCUCAAUGAGUCAACCAAAUUCAGAGCCCGCCGCCACCAAAACUGCCACCCCAACGGCAGGGAACAACGACGACGUGCUUGUGCAGUACGUGGUGCUUCGGAGAGACCUAAUAGACACGUGGUCAUUGGGGAGCGUGGUAACACAGGGAUGCCAUGCAUCCGUCAGUGCCAUUUGGUCUCACAAGGACGACCCUCACACCCUCCAGUAUUGCCGUCCUGAAAAUAUAGACUCUAUGCACAAGGUUACCCUUGAGGUGAUGGGAGAAGCCCAGAUAUUGAACUUGUCGGAAAAAUUGACAGAUGGUGGUAUUGCUCACAAACUGUGGAUUGAACAGCCUGAAAACAUUCCAACUUGCCUGGCUACGAAACCCUACCCCAAGUCCAUGGUAUCGUUGUUUUUUAAAAAGUUUAAACUUUGUAAGUGAUUAUUUUAUUGUUCUAAUCCUUUAUAAUUUCAUCAAUUUGGGUGUCUUGAUUCUGUUGAAAGUUGAAACCCCUUCUGUGUACUAUGAUUCUUUGGACAUCUACUCCCGUAUGAGUUGAUUUUUUUUUUUAAUAUUCGGCAUUGAAGCUAGGCUUUGCUGUUCUCAUGCGUAAUCUGGCACUAGAGCUACUUGCCACUGUCUCUAAACUGAACAUGCUGUUCUCUUGCGUAAGCUGGCACUAGAGCUACUUGCCAGUAUCUCUAAACUGAAUAUGGUUGUUUGGAGCUUUCUCAAAUUUCUUUUUUUAUGAAAUAAGAAACUCGACUGUAACUAGAAAGGCAUUAACUUUUCCAAUUUUAUAGUACAAAGAAGUCGACAGAUAUUUUAUUCAACAGGACAAAUAUACUCUAUGCAUCUCGUUACUGAUUAUGAAGUAAUGACAAUGAAAUGGCGUUCCUGUAUUAAUGGACAAACACAACAGUGCAAUUAAAUUACAUCCUUUUUGCGAGAAGAAUGAGUUAGAUUUCUGGUUUUCCGCUCCAUUUAGGAUACAAGACCCAAAGGGCCCCAUACUGACACUCACUCUG